GCCAAUCAGUUGACAUUGGUCCAAUUGGCCCUAAGAUGACCCUGGUCCGAGCUGCGACUUCGCCUGGAUUCAGUGCAAUGAGGCGGAACGGCGCGUUACAACAGUACUUGGCAGGCUUCACAGCAUGUUUCUGCGUGAUGGUAUCUGGUUCCUGCUUCGGCUGGGUCACCCCCAUCCUAGCCACUUUGCUGGGGCCAGAUUCCGAGAUCCCCAUGACUUCCUCACAGAGCAGUUGGAUGGUAUCCAUCAUUGAGAUUGGCAACCUCAUCACCCCCAUCCCUGCCAGCUUCUUGGCGGACCGGUGGGGUCGCCGGCCUUUGAUACUGAUCACCUGCCCCAUCUACUUCCUCAGCUGGAUCAUCAUACUUAUCUGGCCCACAAUCGAGACUCUCCUCUUCACCAGGAUCGUUCAAGGGCUCGCAAUGGGCGUGGUGUUCACAGUCGUACCUCUCUACCUCAGUGAGAUCUCCAGCCCUGAGAUACGUGGGUCUAUCUGCAGCUUGUUCCACAACACUUGGUACCUCGGGCAUGUCAUAGAGUACUGUCUCGGAGCGUGCCUCUCAUACCGCACGUACACUUACGUCACCGCCGCUCUACCCGUCAUCUCCUUCUUGGUGUUCUACGGGCAGCCUGAAUCGCCGUACUUCCUGGUCAUGAAGAAGAGAAACGCCGAGGCAGCCAAAUGUCUGACGAGACUCAGAGGAUGCUCACCAGUGAACUCUGUCAGCGAAGAGCUACAGGCGAUGGUUUUAUCUUACAAUAAUGAAGUGAGCAAUAAAGCGUCUUGGAAAGACAUCUUUCGCACUUCUGCUGACAUAAGAGCAUUGUACAUCGUACUUGGGCUGGGCACGCUGAGGGUUCUGAAUGGGCUGAUAGCGAUAAUGACGUACUCCACUCAAACUUUUUCCCACUUACAUUCAGUAAAUGCAAGUUUGCAUUCAGUAAAUGCGAGUGAUAAUUCCGUUUUGUCCAGAAUUGUCACACCAAACAACACCACUAUAGUUUUCGGCGUGAUCAUAUUUAUAUCGAGUUUUUUCGUUGCGAUCAUUGCCGAUCUGUCCGGUAGAAGACAACUUUUAAUGUUCUCGGCGUUUGGAUCUUGCGUAAAUCUACUGCUUGCUGGAGGAUACUUCUACAUGGACACAAUGACUAAUAUCGAUGUAUCUAGAUACAAUUGGUUCCCGGUUUUGACAAUUAUAGUAUUCAGCCUAUUCGUUACCCUCGGAAUCGGCCCAGUCUCGGUCAUGUACCAGUCGGAGAUGUUCCUGUCCAACACUCGUGGAUUUGCGUCGAGUAUCUCUGCCAUCAACCUCACCCUUAACGCAUUCUUCCUGCUCAAGUUUUAUCAAGUUUUAGCCGACAACGUCGGAGAAUACUUUAUAUUUUGGUUAUUUUCCACGUUCUGUCUUAUAGGACUGAUCUGGAUUUACAUUACCGUUCCAGAAACAAGGGGUAAAACCUUCAGUCAAAUCCGUCAAGAACUGACCAACUCUAUUCAAAGUAAAAAGAACGCUAGCAAAAAGGUACCAACUAUUCCGAAAAUAGAGAUCUCAGAUGCCCCGUUAUAAUGUAAAAGUUUAUAUGGAACCAGUGUUUAGUUAAAUAUUGAUUUUUUUAUGAUUUUAUUGUACCUGUGUAUUGUUUUGUAUUGAAUGUUUAUUAGUGUGUACAAUGUAUGAAAAAGUAACUUGCGAAUUAUAGUUACCAGUGACCUUGAAGUACGAAAGGAAACGUUGUUACACUUAUAUUUUACAGCCACAAUUGGAUUUAUUUACAGUUUGACUUUACCAUACCAAAUCAUUCCACUUCGAUUUACAGCGCGAUAAUAUAAUAUAAUUAUUUCGAUGCGAUCGUAGCCAAUUGUCAUGAAUAAUAAACACGUUGUUGGCUUGUUGGCUCCCAGAUCUUGCGUUAUUUCUUGCAGGAGGAUUCUUCUUUAUGGAUACAAACACUAAUAUCGAUGUACCGAUGAUCUCCUGAACUGAUAUUGAUCAUAAUCAGAUUGUUCAUUACCCUCGUCAUCAGCAGUCUUGAACAAGUUUCAGUCGAAUGUAUUCCUGUCCAGCACACGGCAAACCCUAGUACAUCUGACGUCAACCUGACUCUCAACGCGUUCUUACCCAAUAGCAACCGUGUCCAUGGAAUAGAUCAUAUUUUUAAUAUUCAAAAUUAUUACUUAUUGGGUUAUCCUGGAUUACAUUACUGUUUCAAAAAAAAACAAAAAAAAAGAAACCGUUAUCUCCAAUCAGACGAAGAAAUAUUUUCUAAGUAGAACAAUCGCUAGGGAAGAACCACCACUGAAGAGCUUUCUUGUGGAUAGAUCCUGCGUUUUGUCAAAUUCAUGUUACAUUUAAUACUGCAGUAUUUUUAGUGCCUGUUUACACUAAACAAUUCAUUAUAACGUACAAUAUGAAUGAAUGGUACCAGAGACUAUAGAUCAAAGAGCAUUGAAGGUUUUGAACUUGCUGAUAUCGAUAAUGGCAUAUUCAAUUGGAACGAUCUCACACAUACAUUCAGUAAACGCAAAUGAAAAUUCUAUCUUUUCAAGUCUUGUCAUGCUAAACAUCGCCACUAUAAUAUACGGUGUGAUUUAUUCGGAAGCAGACAACUUUUGGUGAUUUUGGUAUUUCGAGUGUCGCGUUAAUUUGCUCUGUUCUAGUAAAUGGUCUAGUUUCCCAAAUAUCCCACCCCUAAAACACAACCUACACAUUUGUAGAAUAUAAUUCACUGUAGAAUCAAUGUGUCAAAAAUGUGUGUUUCCUUUUUAGGUAUUCUGCUUUCAAGCGUUUAUGUACAUAAAACCAUGGUCGGGAUGUCAGAGAGCAUUAAGGGGUUGAAAGUACUAAUAACGAUGAAAUAUUCCACUUGGCUUUCAAAUAGUUGGAAUUUUAAAUUCUCAAAUUCGUCACAACAAUUUAUAAACUUUUAUCGUUACCGAUUUAUUCGGGAACAACUGUUGAUGUUUCCGGCGUUUGCGUCUUGCAUUAUUUUUUCAGUUUCUUUCUACGUGAAGAAAUCUAGUUGUUGCUUUUGAUGGGUCAUCUCAUCCUAGCUAAACUGCUGGGUCCAGAUUCUGAGGUCCACACGUCUCACCCGUCAAGAAUGGUAUCCAUAAUUGAGACCAUCAACCCUAUGAUAACUAUCUCAAUAAACGGAUCGGUUGGGUUUCCUUCCCUUAAUACUCGUCACUUUAAUUAUCGCAAUUAUUGCUAAAUUACAACUGUUAAUAUUUUCAGGAUCUUGCGUUAAAAUAUUACUUGCAAGAGGAUACUCCUCCUUUACAUAAAAUUAAACCAGGUAAAAACCCUGACAUUGACAAUUAGUUGUAUUCAGACUGUCACCCGUCUCAGUUUCAGCCAUUUAACAGACAGUGAUAAUCCUCAGCAACAAUUCGGAUAGUUUUUAGGUUCUCUGACACUAACAUGUCUUUCACCUCUUCUUCCUCGAAGGUUUAUCAAAUAAUAGCCGAUAAUAUUGGAGAAUUAGGUUAUUUUUCACGUUAUGCCUUUAAGGUUGAUCUGGCUGAAUAUUACUGUUCCAGGAACUAUCAAUAUGAUUCGAAGUAAAACGAUCUCUUGGAAAAAGCUGCAAACGAUAGCUAAAAUAGAGAUAUGAAAUGUCCCUUUGUAACAAAUAAUUUUGAAUUUAGCUCGUGGUUUAUAAAAACUUACACAACAGUCUAAUUUCUUAAUAAUGGAUUGUGUUUUACGUUACAUUGUUGGAUUAUGUGUUCUAUGUUAAAUUGUGUAUUAAAAAGUGAUAUUAAUAGUUCUAUAAGUUUAGUUACCGGCAUACAGUGUUAAUUGUAAGUAGUCCUAGAAGAUAUAUAUAUAUUCGAAAGUUCAAAAUAGCGUAAUCUUUAGGAUAUUUUGAGUAGGCUAAGUAGUAUGUAUACCUCAUUUGUCAUGUGUAAAUUAAGAACAAAACUAGUAAUUAAAACUUAUUAGACGCAAUGAAGGUAAUAGAAGUAAUCAAGUUUGCAAAUAUUGCAGUUACUUUUUACGUGUUUUUGUAAUGAAGUUACAGAUAUGUGGUUUGAGUAAAAAUGUAUACUCCUCUUUAUUUGACUGUGAUACAUUUUUAAAAAAAGUAAAAAAUAACUCUGUCUUUAAGUUUACUUGUGAGUGGUGUUUAAAGUCAUGUAAUGCGUAUAAAUAAGACAAUAUGUAUAGUUAAUAAAACAGUAUGUAAAAGUUUUGUUGGUAGUUAAAAUUAUUACAAUGUUGUAAGCCAAUUUUGUACGUUUUUGUAUAUAAAAGAUUUAAUUGGCGUUUUAUA